UUUUCUUAUUAAUACAUGAGAACCUUCAUAGGUGGAUUUUUACUACUGAUUGCAUCUCUAUGUGUGGGGGAAGGACGGGAAAUUACAAAAUCCCUGUCUGUCCAAGGCGGGAACUGGGGAACCUGGGGACAGGUGGUAUACUGUCCUGAAGGGAGUUUUGCCGAUGGUUACAAGAUGAAGAUUGAACCACCACAAGGCUUUAGAGAUGACACGUCGCUCAACAGAGUAUCACUAUCUUGUAGAGAUGGAACCACCUUAGAGGCUUCUGGUGACGUUGCACCCCACCCACACACAAAAUCCUUCGGAACCUGGGGUCCAAUGACGUCCUGUCAGAGAGGGCACUUUAUUACAUCCUUUGCUCUACAGGUUGAGAGACCACAGGGAUCGGAUGACGAUACCGCUGCCAAUUUCGUUAAGUUCACGUGUCGAAAUAUAACCGAUGGGGAGUCUUACGUCAUGAUGCAGCAGCCGGGGGCUGGGUACUGGGGGACAUAUGGACCGUGGAGCGAGUCCUGUCCCCCGGGGUCAGCUGUUUGUGGAAUUCAACAGAAGGUAGAGCCAUAUCAGUCAAUUUUAGGAGACGACACUGAACUCAACAACUUGAAAUUCUACUGUUGUAAACACAUUUAACAAUUUUCCAAGAAAUUAAAUGUAUGAGACUAGGA